GGUAAGUUAAUUUGCGUCGCCAUCGGCUAAACCUCGAACCAUUUUGAAAAAUGAGACGAUGAGUAUUUUGAGACAAAAGUUACGCGUUGGCAAAUUUGCCUGCUUUAAUACCGUCUAUUUCAAACAAAGUGUAUGGGACUUGGUGUAAGGACCAACCAAACCGCCUCCAUAUCAAUUCGAGAAACCAUCCAUUCCCCCCGAACAUCACUAUUUUGCAUGGCCACUACUACAACACAAUAGCAUCGCCUUAAUCGACACUCAAAGCAAACAUGACAACAAGCUCAUCAAAUCCCGUGAGUUCACAGACCAAUGGUCACACAAAUGGUUUGCACCAGAAUGGGUCUGCAACCAAGUCCGACGUCUGCGUCGUCGGCGCCGGGCCAGCCGGCUUAAUGCUCGGAUCUCUCCUGGCAAGAUUCGGUCAGAAAGUCCAAGUCAUUGACGAUAGAUCGGACCAAACCGCAGUAGGCCGCGCCGAUGGAAUUCAGCCGAAGUCGAUUGAGACGCUACAGAUGUUGCGCCUCGGCGACGAGCUUCUCCGCACCGGUGUUAAGGUCCAUGACAUUUGCAUGUGGCAGAGCUCGAGCGAGGCCGACCUGCACCGACUGAGCCGUUCGAUUCAUUAUCCUGCUUCUGUCGUGGACCUCUUGCAGCCGUAUAUCCUGCUGUGUCAUCAGGGCAUGAUUGAAGGUGUCUUUAUUGAUGACCUUCGCGAAAGCGGCGUCGAAGUGAAGCGUAGCCACAGCUUCCAGACUUACAGUGCUUUGAACGAUGGCUCUCUGAGCAUCGAAUGUGACCUUCAAGGGGAAGGAAAAACUUCCAUUCACUCAGAGUUCCUGGUAGGAUGUGAUGGUGCGCGAUCUCUCGUUCGAAAGAGCAUUCCCGACACAUUCGCGCAAGGUUCACCGCACGCUUCAGUAUGGGGUGUCCUCGAUGGCGAACUAGAGACAGACUUCCCCGACCUUUGGAGCAAAACAGUAGUCUUUUCUGAGAAAUACGGAUCCAUCCUCAUCAUCCCUCGCGAACGUAACAUGACGCGUUUCUACAUCGAAAUGAAGUCGUCGACAUCUUCAAAAGACCUCGGAGAAGAAUACGUAAUGGAGCAAGCCCGCCUUAUUCUCGCACCCUACAGCGUCAAAUGGCGCUCCGUAGAAUGGUUCGGCAACUACCAGGUCGCCCAACGCGUGGCCGCUCGCUUCUCUGACCCGGCCCAGCGCGCCUUCAUCGCCGGCGACGCCAGCCACACGCACAGUCCCAAGGCAGCGCAGGGCAUGAACACGAGCAUCCACGACACCUGGAACCUCGGGUGGAAGCUCAAUCUCGCACUGCGCGGGCUAUCCAAGGGCGACGUGUUGCUUGCGACGUACGAACAGGAACGCAAGAAGAUUGCGCACGAUCUCAUCAACUUUGACUUUGAGCACGCCAACGAGAUUGCUCGCGGAGACGCGAAGCGGCUGGCGGAGAACUUCAAGCUGAACACACGCUUCAUUUCGGGAGUCGGGGUUGAGUACGGCGAGAACGAGCUCAACCGGGGUCGGGCUGACGGCGUCAAGGGCGCCGCGAAACCGGGAUGCAAUCUCCCGCCUGCAAAGGCUACUCGUUGCAUCGACGCUUGCCCGAUCGACGUCCAGCUUGACAUUCCGGUCUUGGGUCAGUUCCGAAUCUACGCAGUUUUGAACGAUGUCUCUAGCGCUGCGGGUGUUUCUUUCCUGCAAGACUUCAGCACCGGCGUAGCAUCUGCAUCUUCUUUAGUGUCGAGAUUAUCCGCUGCGACGGCACAGUCGUACAACGCGAAACCACGGGCUAGCCGAGCGGACGAUAUCUAUGUGCGCCCUGAGAGAUACACAUCUGUCAGUCAAUUGUGCACAUUUGCGCUUAUCACAUCUACCGACAAAAACGACUUUGAAGUCUCUUCGCUUCCUCCCGUUUUCUCACAAAGUGCCUGGACAAUCUAUCUCGACGAUGUAGCACCUCUGGAUACACAAGCACGCUCCUGUACAGAUAAGUGGCUUGGGGGUCUCGGAACGGACGAAGCUUCCCUCAUCGUCGUCCGACCGGACGGCUACGUGGGUACCAUCGGCCGCUGGCAAGCGACCGAAAGCGGCACCGGUGGGAUUGCGGCGCAAUGGCUGGACGACUACUUUGGCGGUUUCUUGCAAGCGCCAGACACGUAUUAAAUCGCGCUUCAUGCGGUACGACUUUGGGUACAUGGCGGUGUGGGUGAACAAGAGGCAGCUUGUCUGUACAUGCAGAAUAAGCCGACCAGAAUGACCAGGCUGAGACUGGCCAACUUGAGUUACUCCGUUGAAAGAGCUGGGCGCACACGUGUGACGUAUGUACUUUACAAUAUCAGACCGUUAGCGAGCUACAUGGAAUCCCUGCGAGACAAAGCGUCAAACUCUUGUAGACUAUUAUGUUAGCUCAACAAACAUGAAUCGUCUUUUGCGGCUA